AGCGGCGCUUCCCCGGAGGAGCAUGUGCAGACAUGCUCAGUGGGAAAGCGAGGUGCGCGGGGCUGCUGGCGAAGGACCGCUCUGUGCGCUCCAGCCCGGCCGUCAGAGCUCCGUGGAAAGAAACGCCUGCCCAGCAGCAGCCGCGCCGCCACGCAUCUCCUCUCGUCGAUUCUGCAACAUGGACCGGGUCACUGCAUCCAGUACAGCCUUUGCCCUCCAGUUGUUCAAGAAGCUGAGUGAGGAUGAUCCUAAAACGAACUUGUUUUUUUCCCCAAUGAGCAUCACUUCUGCCCUGACCAUGGUCUACCUGGGUGCAAAAGGCAAUACUGCAGCUCAAAUGUCAAAGGUACUGUCUGUGGACAAAGCUGAAGAACACCACCUGGGAUACCAGCAACUGAUUUCUGAAAUUAACAAACCAGACACCAAGUACGUACUUAGAUUGGCCAACAGGCUCUAUGGAGAAGCAUCCUAUGACUUCCACACAACUUUUACAGAUGCAUGUGAGAAGUUCUACCAUGCAGGUUUAGAGAGACUUAACUUCGUUGCAACUCCAGACGAUUCUAGAAGACACAUAAAUUCCUGGGUGGAAGAAAAGACAGCAAGUAAAAUAAAAAAUCUGCUCGCUGAGGGAAUAAUUGACUCUCUGACAAGGCUGGUCUUGGUGAAUGCCAUCUACUUCAAGGGAAACUGGGCAAAUCAAUUCCUCCAAGAUCGCACAAAGGAAAGGCCAUUCAAAAUUAACAAGAACGAAACCAGGCCUGUGCAGAUGAUGUACAAGAAAGCAAAAUUCAACAUGACCUACAUAGCAGAUUACCAAACUAAAAUCCUUGAGGUCCCUUACGUUGGAAACGAACUGAGCAUGAUCAUUCUGCUUCCCGAUGAAAUCCAAGACAAUUCCACUGGUCUGGAAAAGCUGGAGAGAGAACUUACCCAUGAGAAACUCAUGGACUGGAUAAGCUCAGAGAUGAUGGACCAGACGGAAGUUGAGUUGUCUUUCCCCAAGUUUAAACUAGAAGAAAAAUACGACCUGAAGCCAGUUCUGAGCAGCAUGGGCAUGGCAGAGGCCUUUGACCAUGGCAAGGCCAACUUCUCUGGGAUGUCACCCUGCAAUGACUUGGUCCUCUCAGCAGUUGUUCACAAAUCCUUCAUAGAGGUCAACGAAGAGGGAACGGAGGCAGCCGCCGCCACCGCAGCAGUCAUGAUGUUGCGAUGUGCAAUGAUCACGCCACGAUUCACAGCCGAUCACCCCUUCCUCUUUUUCAUUCGGCACAAUAAAACAGGAGCCAUUCUGUUCUAUGGGAGGUUUUGCUCUCCCUAGAGUGCCCUGCGUCUGCACGCAGUUGCGCCAUCGUUCAGAGUGGCACUGACCUCUCAUUGGGUUUUUAUAAACGGUGACUUAUACUGGGCCUCCUUCCUUUGGCCUGAAGUAAAUUUUGCACAGCUCAGUUAAUAGCUGGCUGAAUAUAAAGAAAAUCCAUUGGAGCAAAAAGGGCAGUUCUAAGGCCCGUUCACAAUUCACAUUUAAGUCGCUGCUGUGUUCUGGUUAACCCUAUGCAAUUAGGGAGACUCUCACCACCUUAAGUGAUGCUGCUAAUGAAGUAGCAGACCUGACUAACUGCACUCUUCUUUCCUUUUUUGGGGGGGGGGGAGGGGCAGGUCUUUUUUUGUAGCAGGAACUCCUUUGCAUAUUAGGCCACACACCCCUGAUGUAGCAAAUCCUCCUGGAGCUUACAGUAGGUCCUGUACUAAGAGCCUUGUAAGUUCCAGGAGGACUGGCUACAUUAGGGGUGGCUGGCCUAAUAUGCAAAGGAGUUCCUGCUACAAAAAAAAGCCCUGGAGAAGGGGAUAUUUGUUUUACUGACAGGAGCAGAAGGCUCACUUUCGAUGUGACCUGGCACCCAAUGAAUGUUGUGAGGCAACGUCCAUUCUUGGUUUUUCUUUUUCCAGGAUGCUUUGUACACAACAAAAACGGUUUUAAAACAAAAAAGAGAUUUACCAAAGGAUUUCCAAAGCUGUGAAUAUUUGAGACGGUUGUUUUAUCAUCCUCUUAGAACUUAAUGCCUCACGUGUAGCUAGCAAAGAUUUGAGCGCAGUCCCAAAAUUUUCUUAACAAAUGUAAAAUAUGAAUUGCCUUAAUAUUCCUUCUGGAAAGAAUUAGACAUUUUCUGUGCAUACAGACAAUGCUGCUCUUGUACCUUGUGACCUGUAUUCUGAA